AGACCGUUAUCAUCGUUCAGGAGAACUGUCAUUUUGUCCGCUGUUAAUUUUAUCUAUUGUGUAUAAAUUGGUGCUAACUUAUUAAAACGGUGGUUUAGUAAGUGUUUUAUGUCGAAGGAAAGUGUUUAUAGUCUUAGUGAAAACGUGAUCUCUUAGUUGAAGUAAGAAAAGUCCAUCCUUAAGUGUCAAAAUCGAAGCUGACAAAAUGGCGACCAGGACAGCGACAGCCCAGAGGCCCAACGGGUCCACGCAGGGCAAGAUAUGCCAGUUCAAGCUGGUGCUGCUGGGGGAGAGCGCUGUGGGCAAGUCGAGCCUGGUCUUAAGGUUCGUCAAGGGCCAGUUCCACGAGUACCAGGAGAGUACCAUCGGGGCAGCUUUUCUCACACAGACGGUCUGCCUGGACGACACCACUGUCAAGUUCGAGAUUUGGGAUACAGCAGGGCAGGAGAGAUACCACAGUUUGGCCCCCAUGUACUACAGAGGGGCGCAGGCAGCUAUCGUGGUGUACGACAUAACAAACCAGGACACGUUUGGCAGGGCCAAGACGUGGGUGAAGGAGCUGCAGCGACAGGCCAGCCCGAACAUCGUUAUAGCGCUAGCUGGUAACAAGCAGGAUCUGGCCAACAAGCGUAUGGUGGAGUUCGAGGAGGCGCAGACCUACGCGGAUGAGAACGGGUUGUUGUUUAUGGAGACGUCCGCCAAGACUGCUAUGAACGUUAACGAUAUCUUUUUAGCAAUAGCUAAGAAGCUUCCCAAGAACGAACAAACGGCCGGCCAGGGGGGCAGCGGACAGGGAAGAAGGCUGGCGGAGGGUGACACGGGCGCCAAAGCCGCGGGUAACUGCUGCAAGUGAUGGUCCGCACCUGCCGGACAAGUGUUAAUUCUUCAACAGAGAGGACUGGACUGUGCUGCAGCACUCUAGUGAUAUAUAAGUGUAAUACAGGUCCUUCUUUAAUAAAAAAAAAAAACAAAUCAACUCUGUACACUGUCAUAUAUUCUAACGGGAAAAAAAAAUCUAUUGUGGAACGCGUUUUAAAUGAUUUCGAUGCCCGCGUGGCGUUUAAAUUUGUGAUAAAUGUACCUAUUUUAAUUAUUUUUUUUUUAUGUGCGCAUAUCGAUAUCUGACAGUGUCGGACGGUGAAAGCGGUGGUUUAGACUGAUCGUACGUCUUCAAUAAUAGAUGUUUCACACCUCGUUUUGGUUUGAGUCACACUUAAAAAGUGCAAUUAUCGUCUGUCGGUCCCACUUUUCCCCAGUACCGUCAGUCUAAAACACGUAACUUCCGAUUUAUACCUGCCCGAUCGAGAGCGGGUGUAAAUCGCGAGCCUUUACCCACUUUACAUGUAAUUUUAUUAGUGUAAUUUUUCCGUUAAAAGUACGUUUCACAACAACUCCCCCCUUCCCACCUUUUCCGUUUUUAAAUUAUGCAACUUUUUUGUAUACUGUUUUGGAACAUACUUUUCACCCGUACGAUGCAUGACUGAGGUUUCGUUAUCGUAAGUUUAUUUUUUUUAUAUAUAAUAAAAGUAUAUAUAAAAGGCGUAGCUGUUCAUAAUUUUUAAGAGUCGUCAUGUGUCAGCGCCUGGGCGCGUGGCGUCGGACCUCCGAACUAGGCGUUCGGAGCUCCGGCGCCCCCCGACGGCGUAAAUCUUACAAUCCAUAUAAUUUAGUAGGUGUACAAGUAGUGAGGUGGUUGUACAGAAUUUUAAACGAGAGAUACUAAUUGAUUUCCGAUGGCGGCGGCCCGUCGCACGUGUCGAGUCGGGCGUUUGUCGACGGGCGACUCGGGGACGUGCGACGGGCACUGCCUUUGAUUUUAAGUGGAUGUUCGGAUAACGUUGAGUAUCAUUGUAUUAUAUUUGAAUAUAAAUAUUAAAUUUAUUAUUUUAUUUGCUUGCUUAUAUAUGGUUAUAAUUAUUCUGUAUGCACAGAAUCAGAUUGUACAGGAAAAUAAAAACAUACUCAAUAAAGUUAUUAUGAUA